AUGAAACUGUCAACUCUACUACUCUAUACCACCCUCCUACUUGUAGGGUUCUCUGCAGCUGAUCCCAAUGCCGUUCUCCUCGGUUCGGCUCCCCCACAAAAAAAGUACUCUGAUAGAGUCGUCCAGGCAACGCAGGCGACCUGGGACUGGAUGAACUACGCCCUCCAUCUAUCUGGACUUGCCUCGUGUGUUGGUUUCCAAGGAAUCCAAACUCCCUUCACUUGCGAGUCUUUCUGUGCUGACUACCCCGGUAUGGAGCUAAUAGCGGAGUUUGGGCCUCGAGAUGUGGUUGAUUUUUCCGUCUCCGGCUUUUUUGCAGUCGACCACAGCCGAAAGGAGAUCUGGCAUAUCUUCAGAGGCACCGUUUCUCUCACUGAUGGCAUUUCUGAUGUCAGAUUGGACACUCUUCCGUUUGACGCCUGGGGUCCUAACCACGCCAACUGCUCCGACUGUCAGGCCCAUGCUGGGUUCUUGCAGUCGUACAAUUUGGCAUACGCUCAGUUUGAGAAGAAUAUGACUGACACUUUCAAAAAGUACCCGGACUACUCUCUCAAAGUGACUGGACAUUCUAUGGGAGGAGCAGCCUCGUUCAUCCACGGAAUCAACAUGAAAACCAGAGGCUAUGACCCCUACGUGGUAGCUUCAGGCCAGCCGCUGGUUGGUAACCAAGCGCUGGCAGACUACAAUGAUAGACUCUUUUUUGGAGACAAGCCUGACUUCUUGAGACAAGACAGUGGUAGAAGAUACUGGCGUCUAACUCAUAAAGGGGAUUUGGUGCCUCAGAUUCCUUUCUGGUCUCCUUUUCAGCAACCCGGAGGUGAAAUUUACAUCGACUACGUGCUUUCCGAUCCGCCUCUGGACUCACUCAAGGUCUGCGAUGGUCAGGACAAUCCCAAUUGCAACUACUCGUCUAACAUGGUGAAUUCGGCUAUCACAGGAACACUUCUGUGGGCCCACUUUCAGUACUUUGUUGUCUUUACGCUCUGUGGAGUGAACUAUUGGUCCACUCAUAUCCAUGGAUAA